AUGCCCAAAUUUGCAAUUUUCGACUCCAGAUCUCUGGUUUUCAGCGAUGUUAUGCUUUCUCUUGAUGCGAGAUUUUGCGCUUAUGCAACAGAGUGUUGCGGAUCCUCCGGUGAAGCUUCAACGAGGCGGUCAGUGCGGUGGCUUCAUCUUCAUCUUCGCAAAUGGGUACAAAACAGAGCAGAAAUUGACUUCUUUGGGGAGAUCUCUGGAAUAUCUUUCAGUCCCGACACAGAGGCACUCUUCAUUGGGGGGUAUGGGACCGCACUUAUGGUAGCCUCCUGGAGUAUGAUCGGCGCAGAAACUACUCCUACCUUGAUUCGUUUCUUUAGCAAGUCGACAGUAUACACAACCCUGUCCGAGGAAUAA